CCCAACAUGUCAGACGUAGACUUCCUGACCGCCCCUUCACCUUCUCCUGCUGCUCUCCUCUUCCAAUGUGACUACACCGACUGGUCCCCCUCCUUGUCCAUCAUCCCGUCCAUAUACCUGAUGGCCUUUGUGGUAGGCUGCCUCGGCAAUGGGCUAGUGCUCUGGGCCUACCUGGACCGAGCCGAAGGGAGGAGGUCCCCGGAGAAGAGCGCUGGGAGGUUGUGUUGCCAGCAGGGCGGCGCUGUAUCAGCUCAGAGUGUUGUACAGAGGAAGAAAAAGGAGGAGAAGUGCGGACGAAGCCGCAGAUUCUCCUCCAGUGCCUCCUCCAUGCCACGUCCUUCCCGGUCCCUAACAGACUCCCUCAUAGCUAGCUUAGCUUUAGCGGACCUCUGCUUCCUGGUGACCCUGCCACUGUGGGCGGCCUACACGGGUCUGGGCUACCACUGGCCGUUCGGGCAAGGCCUCUGCCAGCUCAGCAGCUUCCUCACCGCCCUCAACAUGUACGCCAGCGUGUUCAGUUUGAGCAUGCUCAGUGUAGAGCGCUACUGGGUCCUGACUGGACGCCGGCACUCUGGCACCCCACCGGCCCCGUUGAGCUGCCCCAGUCGGGCAUUGUGGGUGCUUGGAGGGACGUGGGUACUGGCGGGGGUGCUGGCACUUCCUGGUUUGCUUUUGCGGUCCGUCCAGGAGGUGGAGGAGGAGUUCCAUGUGGAGGAGUCGGGUUCUGUGGCGUACUUGUGCCAGAUGGACUACUCCAUGCUGACUGGCUCUGAGCUGGACGACGAUGAAAGAGAGGCAGCCGAGAUGUGGUGGGCGGCGGCGCUGAGCCUAAAGUCCACGCUUGUGGGCUUCCUGCUUCCUCUCGUGGUUUUGCUGGUGUGCUACUGCUCCCUGGCCCGCCUCCUGAGCAGACAUUUCGGACAGGGGCCUCGACCCGACCGCCGGCGCCAGCGCAGACUCCUCAGGGUCAUUGUGACCCUGGUGAUGGCCUUCUUCCUCUGCUGGCUGCCUCUGCAUGUCAACAAGACCUUAUCCCUGUUGCUGGAGUUUGGAUUGCUCCCAUACUCUUGCAUCUUAGACCAGGUCCUCCUGGCGGCGCACCCCUACGUCACCUGUGUCGCCUACCUGAACUCCUGCCUCAACCCGCUCCUCUACGCUGCAUGUGACCCGUCCUUCCGAAAAAAAUGCAGGAGGACUCUUAAGAUGCUGAUGUGCAAGAUGGGCUGCAGGAAAGAUGGGCGGGGAAUGGAGGUGAAGACGGAGGCGCCGAGGGAAGAAGAGAGCUCGGGCUUGCCCACGAGGACACGGGAGGAGACGGCAGAUAGGACACAGGAGGCUGACAUGAUCACUGAGGGGUGA